AGGCAAGAUGGCUACAUCGGCUUGGCUGCAUGGCCCAUCUGCUAUGCGACUAACAGAGGGUUUGGUGUCGGUUCUGAAAGAACACCGUCCAGAGUAUUUACCUGCUUUAUUGGCCAACUACAGGGAACAUGGCGUGUUCCCGACACAGAGUCCGAGCGCCGUCGGAGGUCUCGUGGGUUUUAGCAAUGCCAAACUGGGCUCGAGCAAGACCAGAUUUGAGGGUCUCUGCCUGCUCUCCAUGCUGGUCAAAGACAGCUCCAGUGAUCUGUUCGAGCAACACUGCAUUUCCUGGCUACGUUCCCUUCAGCAGGUCAUACAGUCUCAGGCUCCAGUUCAGACUAUCCAGCUGGCGGUGAACAUUCUGAGGGAUUUGCUGCAGUACUCAUCCCAGUUAGCAGAGCUGGCUAGGGAAGUUGGACUCAACUCCAUCCUGGGCAUCCUGACGUCUCUGCUGGGCCUGAAGACAGAGUGUGAGCUGUCAGCCAUGGAGGGGAUGAUAGCCUGCAUGACUUACUACCCCAGAGCCUGUGGAUCCCUCCGGGACAAACUGGGAGCCUAUUUCCUCUCCAAAAUGGAUAGUACAAACAAGAAAACACAAGAGAUGGCUUGUCAGUGUUACGGUCGCUUGCCCUGCCUGGGGGGCCUGUUGGACAGAGGGGUGGGUGCUGGCAGAGCUGAGGGCUGGACCAAUCAGAUUCACUGCCUACUGGCCUCAGCCAACGGCCUACUGGCUCAGAUCUACCAGGGUUCAGAAACAGAUGGAACAGUGCAAUACGAAGGUCCGGGGGUGGAGCUGGCCUUUUCUCAUCUCGACCAAUCAGAUCCCAUGCUGCUGCUGCAGCUCCAGCACAGAUACACCGCUGUCUGCCUUGCACUCAAACACACGCUCAGGGUGGAUCCAGCCUCAGCUGUGCGUCUGCCUGUCAGACCAAUACUCAACCUGGUGUGCCGAGCCCUCGCUGUGAGCUCAAAGAGCAUAAAUACAACAGGAGAUGGAAGUGUGAGGAUGCUGGUGCUGCCCAUAAUACACACCAACACACUGGAGGUCCUAUCAGCUCUUAUCACAGCUGUACGGAGUGGCAUGGUUCAAUACAGUGUAGUACUACAGAGGCUGUUUUCUCAAACCCUGUCUGCCUGGACACCUCUACAUGAAGCCAGUCUGGGACAGCAGAGAGCCUACAGCUCAGUGCGGGUAUCAGUGUACAGAACCUUAGAGCUCUGGGUCCAGGUGGCUGGAGCCUGUGCCAACAUUCUUCAGGGAAGCCCAGGCCACUCAGAGCUCCUGUUAAGCCACCUGCUUGGUGACAUCACACCAGGGGCGGAGUCUGUCAAGCUGCGGGCAGGCCUGUCAUCUGAUGUGGUUCCGGGAGGGAAACCAGGUCCUCGGAGGACGAAGCCUUUGGUCAUAGCAGACGCAGGUGGGCCGUUACUCCAGAGGAAAGGAGAUCUUCUGGCCAAUCAAGAUACUUGCCUUUCAGCCCUCAGAGCACUGAGACAAAUCAUACUGACAAGUGGUACACUGCUCAAAGAUGAUAUACACAAGCGUCUCCACGACGUGGUGCUGCCACUGAGCGUGCGUCUGCAGCAGCAGCAGUCCAGCAGUAGCACUGCAUGCGAAUCUGCAGGGGGCGUCAGUGGGCAGUACAGCAGUGCCCUCACCCGACGCGAGCUGUACAGGUUAUUGCUGGCUCUGGUCUUGGUCCCAUCACCCUGUUGGCCACCACCUCUGACCUGCGCUGUCUCCAUCUUCAGCAACGGACGCACAGACCGCAACCUCAAGGUCUCUGCAUUCUGUAGUGAGGCUCUGACCAUCUGUAACUCCCUCCUCCAUCCCCGCACUCCCUCCAUCGUCCUCCCUUUACCACCCCUCAACCUGAAACCCACCCCCACCGUUCCAGUCCUCCCAUCCUCCCAGGGACCUACCCCUGGACUGACAUUGCCAACACUUUUAGGAGGCACUGCCCCCGGUCCUCCCUUCCCCACCCGCCACUCCCUCGGCCUGGGCCCUGCUUCCCUGCUGGGCUCUCUAGAGAACCACCUCUCCCUGGUCCCAGGGCUGCCAGGUCAGGCCCCCACACCAGCAGACAUGAUCCUUUCCCCUCACACACACCACCUGUCGGACCAGACUGGGCUGGGUCCUCCAGAAGGGCAGCGGCCGGUGUUUGUCCGCUAUGAAAAAGAGGAAGCGGAGGAUGUGGAGAUCUCUUUGGCCAGUGACUCAGACGACAGCGUGGUCAUCGUUCCUCCGGGGAUGCUCAACAUGGAGAACCAGCAGGAUGACACAGCAGUAGCAACAAACUCCCAGAACAUGACCUCUGCUGCACCAGGGGGCGCUACAGUCACACUACCUGGAGGAGAGUGCGUUACUAUGGUUCCCACCACUGCAGCAUCAACCACAAUAGAUGGCAUCUCGCUUUCCAACAACCUCGCCACCUCAUCCCCCCUCCUCACCACUUCCACCACCCCCAUCAACUCAUUCCCUCCCUCCAGCACCUCAGUGGUUUCCCUGGUUCCACCUUUGAACUCCAGCACACUCACAGCUCCACCAGGGAGUCUGGGGGACUCGAUGCCUGGUCGACCCCAGCUCCAGCAGAUGCUGAUGCAGCCCGCCACACCAGGGCAGUCCGGUCCCAUGGGCCUGCCACUCCAGAUGCACCAGCUGCAGAAUCAGUUGAGUCAGCAGGGGCGGCACCUCCAUCAGCAUCAACCACCACCCGCCAGCAACGAAGACUCAGCCGUCAUCAACAUCAACAGCACUGACGAGGAGGAGGAAGAAGAAGAGGACAUGGAGGAUGAUGAAGAGCUGGAGGAGGAAGAGGAAGGGAUGGAUGAGGAGGACGAGGAGGAGGAAGUGAGUGAUUUUGCUGAGGAGGAGUUCUAUGAUGGAGAGGAUUAUGAGGAUUAUGAUGAAGAAGAGGGGGAAGAGCUGGAGGAAGAGGAGGAGGAGGAGGAUGGGGACAUACCUCCACUGGAAGGGGCAGAGGACAAGGCUGGAGAGGUGGGUAUGGAGGAGGGGAAGGUGCUCCAAGCAGCAGCGGAUGAGGGAGGCAUGGCUGGAUUCAGCAUGGAGGGAGACGAAGAAGGAGGGAUAGAGGAGAUCCAGACCAAUAGAGUGCUGUUUGGAGAAGACAGGAUGAAGGUGCAGGAGGUGGAGAGCAUCGGAGUCCUGGAGGAGGCGCGGGGCGGCGAGGGAGAGGAGGAUGAAAGUGAAAGGAUGGAUGACCCCACCAUGCCACAGAUCCUCUGCGUAACAGGAGGAGCACUGGAGGAGAGGGAGGAAGCAGAGGCAGAGGGAGGGGGAGCUGGAGGAGAAGUGGUGCAGGAGGAGGCCGGCUCUUGGGAGCAAGGAGCCAAUGAGGUUGAGCUGACAGCCUCAUCAGAAGAACGCACAACCAAUCAGAAUCCACAGGAGUCAAGGGCUGAACCAGCACAGGAAGCCAGCGUGAGCGAUAACCAGUCGUGCGGUCAUCAGGAGGAACAGCCAACGGCUGCUCAAGAGGGAGACUCAGCAGCAGCUGCAGAUCCUGAGACGUCAACACUUCCAAAUACUGAAGAGCAAGAGGAGACAAAGGCAGAGAAAAGAGACAAAGUGGAAGCAGAGCAGCAAGAGACAGAGGGAGGAGGACGAGGGGGAGGGGAGGGGAGUGACGGAGAGGAGGGGAAAGGAGUGAAGAGGAAGAGAGAGGAGGAGGCGCACAAGGAGGAAGAGGCGGGACAAAGCACUGAGAAGAAAAAGCUGGACGACGAAGCCAUGGCCUCCAUGUUGGCUGACUUCGUCGCCUGUCCGCCCGACGAGGAAGACGGCGCCUCUGGAUCGAACCGCUCAUAAACAUUUGCCAACCCAAAACGAUGUCGUUGAUCACUGCGGAUGCAGCAGCUAACUGCUAAGAUACUCAAUCAUUAGUCAGAUUUCCCAAGAUGUAGUUACCUCAUAACACAACUCCUGUUCUCUCAUUCUUCACAUCAUACUGGUAGAAUGUGGCCUCCAGGUUUCUUUCUUUUAACGUUGUUGCCUGACUUCCAGCUACACUAUGUGGGGUGUGGUAAUCUUUGGUUAAAGCCUUUCUGUUUUCAGACUUUGUACUGUGUCACACCACCCAGCUUGUAAUUUACACAAACUAAUUUUCCAUCAGCUAAAAGAUACAGAUAGAUUUUUUUUUUUUUCUACAGUCCCAAGUACUGCCGCCCAGCAGGGAGGUGGAGCUCUAUGAAUCUAUCUCAUCCUCUGUUCUUGUGUAUGGUACAUAUUAUCUUACAGUUAGUGUUUGAAGUGGUUCCCUUGGAUUUAUAUGUACCUUUUGUGCUCUUCAUGUUUUGUCAUUACUGUUAUACGCUUUGUUAUAUAAAAAAAAAAAUCAAAGUACA